GCCAGCCCGCCCGCCCGCCCGCGUUGCCCGGCAGCGGCCCAGCUAGGAGGGGCGGAGCGGCGGCGGGCGUGCGGUGGCGCCCAGCUCGGUUCCGGCCCGGCCUCGGUCCCUGCCGCAGCCGCCCGCCGCCGCCGCCCGCGCAGGCCAGGCCGGGGCGCGGGCCCAGAGCCGGGCCCAUGGAGGGGCCGCCCCGCCGCGGGGACGCCCCGCCGCCGGCCCCCCGCCGCCCCGGGCCGCUGCUCCCGGGCCUCUGGCUGCUGCUCCUGCUGCUGCUCGCGCGGCCGGGCGCCCCAGAUGAGCUCUCUCCUGAGCAGCAGCGAGGCCUUUCUUCACCCUCCGCUGAGCUCCUGCUGGACUCCAGCCCGGCACUCAGCACUGCACACGUGGCCUUAACAGAACCCGCCCCAGGGCCUCAGCCCAGUGACUCCGUCCUCUCCAUCUCCUCCCUGACCGAUGCUCCUUUUGAUACGACCUUCUUAAACCAAGGGACAUGGACCCCAAGUGCAGCUGAUAGCAGCAUCUUUGUGGCGAGUGACGUGUCUGUGACCAGCAAUGAGGUCUUUUUGGGUGAUGAUGAGGAGGAGGAAAUGGAUAACUUUUUACCCGAAGCCCCCUGGCCCAUCACGGGCAGCCCCCCCGGGCGGCUCCGAGAGAUGCUGGAAGCUGAGCUGACCCCUUCAUUACCUGUCAUGUCUCUACAUGACCAGGAGGAGGAGGAGGAGGCGGCAUCCACCUGGCCUGCUGUCCCCACACCCAGUGGCCUGAGCCCUGUUCCCAGAAGGACUCCGAUGCUCUCUCCCCUGGAUGCUUCUGGGUGGCCGGUGGUGGCCAGGCCCGGGCCCCAGAGCAUGUCUUCUGGGGAGAACCUGCCUCUCAACACUCCCUCUGCUGGGCCGGUGCCCCCCUCAGGCCAGGCUGCUCCGUCCUUGUCCUCAGGGGCUGCCUGGAGUCCAGUUCUGAGGGAGGCUGUGUCUUCAAGGACGGUCUUGACUGUAGCCCCGGCUCAGAGGGCCCUCAAUUUCUGGAGUAGCGCCACCAUCAACCCCUUCUCCUCUGCUGCUGUCAGCUCCUCCAUCACCUCUCCCACCAUGAUCCCCUCCUCCUCCCUCUUCACUUUCUCUUCUACCAUCAUCUCCUCCAUGAUCCCCUCCUCCUCCUCAUUCAGCCCCUUUCCGACCAUCUCUUCCACCAUCACCUCCUCUAUCAUUGACUCCUCCUCCUCCACCUCUUCCAUCAUUGACUCCUCCUCCACCAUCACCUCCUCCAUCAUUGACACCUCCUCCUCCAUCAUCACCUCCUCCAUCAUUGACUCCUCCACCAUCACCUCUUCCAUCAUUGACUCCUCCUCCUCCACCAUCACUUCCUCCAUCAUUGACUCCUCCUCCUCCACCAACACCUCCUCCAUCAUUGACUCCUCCACCUCCACCAUCACCUCCUCCAACAUUGACUCCUCCACCAUCACCUCUUCCAUCAUUGACUCCUCCUCCUCCACCAUCACCUCCUCCAUCAUUGACUCCUCCACCAUCACCUCUUCCAUCAUUGACUCCUCCUCCACCAUAACCUCCUCCAUCAUUGACUCCUCCACCAUCACCUCCUCCAACAUUGACUCCUCCACCAUCACCUCCUCCAACAUUGACUCCUCCUCCUCCACCAUCAUCAUUGACUCCUCCUCCUCCACCAUCACCUCCUCCAUCAUUGACUCCUCUUCCACCAUCACCUCCUCCAUCAUUGACUCCUCCUCCUCCACCAUCACCUCCUCCAUCAUUGACUCCUCCUCCUCCACCAUCACCUCCUCCAUCAUUGACUCCUCCUCCUCCACCAUCACCUCCUCCAUCAUUGACUCCUCCUCCUCCACCAUCACCUCCUCCAUCAUUGACUCCUCCACCAUCACUUCCUCCAUCAUUGACUCCUCCUCCUCCACCAUUACCUCCUCCAUCAUUGACUCCUCCACCAUCACCUCCUCCAUAAUUGACUCCUCCUCCACCAUCACCUCCUCUAUCAUUGACUCCUCCACCCAUUCUUCCUCCUUCAUUCCUUCUUCCUCUACUUCCUCUCCAUGCUUCAUCCCCUUCUCCACCAUCACCUCCUCCUUCAUCCCCUCCUCCUCCACCCCCUUCAUCUCCUUUAUCCCAUCCUCCUCCUUCAUUCCAUCCUUCCUCACCUCCUCCUCCACUCCCUCCUCCACCAUCAACUUCUCUACUCCCUACGUCUCUAUUCCCAUCUCCUUCAUCAACUUCUCCUUUACUCCUUCUUUUAUCCCCUCCUCCUUACCCUUCGUUCCCUCCUCCCUUGCUUCCUCCACCAUCAACCCCUCAACUCCUUCCUCAUCCUUCAUCCCAUCCUCUUCCACCAGUAAAUCUUCCUCCACUCCCUCCUCCACCGUCAACACCAUCUUCACCAGCUCCUCCUCUUUCACCUCCUCCUACAUCAUCUCUUCCUUUACUACCAUCAGCUCAGCUCCAUCUCUCUCUCCCCUCACCCCUGUCAGCUCCCCUCCUCUGUCAGCCAUCACUCCCUCUAGCCUCUCUAGCCCAGCAUCACAGUGGUCCAGCUUGUCCCUGGUUCCUGGCCAUGUGAACCCCCCCGACAACUUGCCCCCCGAGUCUUCCUCACCAAGCCCCUUCUCAGGGUGUGAGAGCUGCACCCUGGUGUCUCCCCAGCUUGCCUUGUCCCCAAGCCUCAUGGAGAGGGAUGUGGGGUCAAGGGACAACACAGAGACCCUAUCCACCAGCGGCUGGGCUGCCAGCAGCGUCUUCCUGGAAGACACCUCUCACUUUGAGGACGUGCCCCCCACAUUUGACACACGCUUCCCCCUGAGUCCAUCAGUGCCCAUUGCGUCAGCAAUGAGCCACAGCUUGUUCACCACACUGGACACCAGCAGUGUCCCCACCAUGCCAGCAACUCCUUUUCUAGGACCUCUGCCCCCCACUGGGUCCCUGGACACUGUUGCUGCUUCUUCCUCGGACUCCUCUGCCACCCUCCCUAGAGCCACACCCCCAGGCCUGGCUGUGCACAGCCCUAUGGACACAGCCAUGCCCUGGCCUGCACUUGGUGACCCCGAGGGCACGUCCUAUACUGUGGGUCCCUCAGUAGCAUCUUCACUUAUCUCUGCCCAGCCCCAGACAGGUGGCCUUUGGGGUCUGGCCACCUCCACGCCCCACCUGGAGUCCAGCCGCUUCAGUCUCUUGUCAUCAGAGCCACCUGCCUCUCCGGUGUCACAGGACGCAGUGACUUUCAUGUCCCUGGCCUCCUCCACUGAGGCUGCCAUCCUCACCCUGCCAAGCUCUGGCCCCCUGCUUCCUGUCUCCAAUCCCACUCAGUUGGGACCCCCUCAGUCCCCCUUCACUCCUCUGCCUCAUUGGGACUCAGAAGGAUGGUUGCCCCCCAGCCGCCCCACUGGCUCUCUUGGGGUUUCUGAAGUAUGGAUGGUGUCCCCAACAGGCCCCGAGGCACCACUCACCUCAUCUGUCACUGGAACUACCUCAUCCUCUUCCUCCUAUUCCUCCUCCUCCUCUGAGCCCCCACUUGGGUUCUCCCAUGAAUCUGUGGGUCCCACCCAGGUGCCCCCCACAUCUGAGCCCAGCCUCCAUAGUCUGCCUGGGGAGGGGCCCACAUUUUCCCUUUGGGCAGUGUCUGAGGCCACGUCCAUUCCCACGCCAUUUUCUCUCUUCUCAACACCCUUUGUUGAGGAGACUAGUGUGACAAUGAACAGACCUACGUCUGUCUUGAAUCCUUUCUCCAGUGUUGUCCCCUCCACACUGCUGUGGGGAGCCACCUCGGAGGCCUCUGUCACAUCCCCAUUCCUUCCAGAGGAGGACCCCUCCUCACUGCCUACAGAACUGGUGGGCCGCACACCCACACCCCCAGAUUGGCCACUGUCGGGUCCCCCCUCUGGAAUGAACAUCUCUGAUGGCAGUGUGACCCCAGCCAUGACCCCCAGGGACACCACCUCAGAUGGUGAGACCGCUCAUCAAGACACCCAGGAGAGUGACUGGGCGUCCUCUGUGCCAGCUGUCAUUCACCCUGUGACCACUGUCACCCCUGAAGCCUCAGGUGACGCUCCUGCACCACUGGCCACCAGGUCGCCCUACGUGUGUGACAUCACUGUUCCGGAUGCAUAUCUGAUCACCACGGUGCUGGCUCGGAGAGCCGUGCAGGAGUACAUCAUCACAGCCAUCAAAGAGGUGCUGAGGAUUCACUUCAACCGGGCGGUGGAGCUCAAGGUGUAUGAGCUGUUCGCCGACUUCACUUUUCUGGUCACUUCUGGCCCUUUUGUCUACUCAGCUAUCUCAGUCAUAAACGUGCUCAUAAACAGUAAACUUGUCCGAGACCACACACCCUUGAUUCUAGCUGUGAAACCUUCUUUCCUUGUGCCAGAGUCCAGAUUCCAGGUCCAAACGGUCCUCCAGUUUGUGCCUCAGAAUGUGGACACGGGCUUCUGCAACUUCACCCAGCGCAUCGAGAAGGGCCUGAUGACGGCACUGACGGAAGUGCGCAGACACCAGCAGGGCAGAGCCAAUGUCACAGUGCAGAUCCUGAAUGUCACAGGGGGCUCCCCCCGCCUGGCUGCCCGCCGGGGCCCUGUGAGUGUGGUCUUCGCUGUGCGUGGCCCCCGGGGCUUCCUGCGUGGCUCAGAGGUGAGCGAGCACCUGCGGAACCUUAGCGUGGUGGAGUUCAGCUUCUACCUGGGCUACCCAGUGCUCCAGAUCGCCGAGCCCUUCCAGUAUCCCCAGCUCAACCUGUCCCUGCUGCUGAAGGCCUCCUGGGUGAGGACAGUCCUCCUGGGCGUUGUGGAGAAGCAGCUCCAGAGUGAAGUGUUCCAGGCGGAGAUGGAACGCAAGCUGGCACAGCUGCUCAGUGAGGCCGCCACCCGCAGGCGUGUGUGGAGACGGGCCACGGUGGCUGCUGGGAACAGCGUGGUGCAGGUGGUGAAUGUGUCCCGGCUGGAGGGAGAGGACAAUCCGGUGCAGCUUGUCUAUUUUGUGGAGGACCAGGAUGGGGAGAGGCUCAGUGCCGUCAAGUCAUCAGAACUGAUCAACAAGAUAGACGUCCAGAGAGCAGCCAUCAUCCUAGGUUACCGGAUCCAAGGUGCCGUGGCCCAGCCGGUGGACAGGGUGAAGCGGCCGCCCCCCGAGUCGCAGAGCAGCAACCUGUGGGUCGUCGUGGGCGUGGUGGUGCCCGCGCUGGUGGUGGCGGUCAUCGUCGUCAUCCUCUACUGGAAGCUGUGCCGCACCGACAAGCUGGACUUCCAGCCGGACACGGUCGCCAACAUCCAGCAGCGCCAAAAGUUGCAGAUCCCCAGCGUGAAGGGCUUUGACUUUGCCAAGCAGCACCUGGGCCAGCAGAACAAGGAUGAUAUCCUCAUCAUCCAUGAGCCGGCGCCUCUGCCCGGGCCCCUGAAGGACCACACGACGCCCUCGGAGAAUGGAGACCUGCAGAGCCCUGCCGCCAAGAGCACUGUCAAGCCUGCUGGGCGCCGCCGAGGGAGAGUGUCACCCUCUGAUGCUGACUCCACAGUCAGUGAAGACUCCAGCGAGAGAGACGCGGGGGACAAGACACCAGGAGCUUCGACAGACAGCAAGGCCCACCGAGGCCCGCAGAGCGGGCCACCUCCUGCCAGCUCAGGACCCGAGCCACACUCCUCGGCCUCUAUCUUCGAGCACGUGGACAGGAUCUCGCGCUCCUCUGAGGCCAGCCGGCGGGUCCCCAGCAAGAUCCAGCUCAUCGCCAUGCAGCCCAUCCCCGCCCCUCCUGCGCCUCCCCUGCUGGUUGACCGUGUGGCGGAGACCAACAAAAUGAACAAAGAGAUCCAGACAGCCCUGCGGCACAAGUCGGAGAUCGAACAUCACCGCAACAAGAUCCGGCUCCGCGCCAAGCGCCGGGGCCACUACGAGUUCCCAGUGGUGGACGAACUGUCCUCAGGGGACACACGCGAGCGGCACCGGGUGUACCGGCGCGCACAGAUGCAGAUUGACAAGAUCCUGGACCCCACGGCCAGCGUGCCCUCUGUCUUCAUUGAGCCCAGGAAGAGCUCCCGCCUGAAGCGCUCCCCCAAACAACGCCGCAAGCACCAGGUGAACGGCCACCCCGGUGACGCGGAGAAGGACCGGCUUAUCACCACGGACAGCGAUGGCACGUACAAGAGGCCCCCUGGCGUCCACAACUCUGCCUAUGUGGGCUGCCCGUCGGAUCCCGACCUCCCUGCGGACGCGCAGACCCCGUCGUCCGCUGAGCUGGGCAGAUACCCGCUUCCGGUCCCGGUCUCCCAGUACGUACCCCCGCAGCCGUCCAUCGAAGAGGCGCGGCAGACCAUGCACUCGCUCUUGGACGACGCCUUCGCCCUCGUGGCCCCCAGCAGUCACCCUCCCAACUCUGCGGGGGCGGCCUCCGGGGUCCCCAACAGCACCCCUUCCCGGGAAGAGAGGAGAGGCCCCCAGUGGGGGUCAUUCUAUAGCCCAGCUCAGACCGCCAGCAGCAACCCGUGUGGGAGAUAUGAAGACUACGGAAUGACUCCCCCGUCUGGCCCCUUGCCAAGACCAGGCUUUGGUGCUGGCUUGCUGCAGUCUUCUGAGCUGGUGCCUUCAGAGCCUCAACAGCCACCGGCCAUCAGUGAUGCCCCAUUUUCUGCCCGAGCGAUCUACUCUGAGGAGCUGCCAUCGGUAGCCCGGCCUCGGCCUGUCGGGGGCACUACAGGCUCCCAGAUCCAGCACCUGACACAGGUAGGAAUCACUAGCAGAAUUGGGGUGCAGCCAGUGGAGGUCCUGCCCAGCCGGGGAAGCCAGUACGGGGGCGCAGGCUGGCCUUCGUAUGGGGAGGAGGACACCGGCCGGAGGGAGGCGGUGCCAAGGACUUCGGGCAGGGAGCCCUCCGCCCCUCCUGGGAACGCCCCAGCCAGGGGCCUGCCGGGCUCCGGGCUGGCCUACCCCGCAAGCUCCACGGAAGACCUGCAGCCUGGUGCCCACUCCUCGGCCUCCCUCAUCAAAGCCAUCCGCGAGGAGCUACUGCGUCUCUCCCAGAAACAGACGGCCACACACAACUUCCACAGCUGAUGGGUCACGACGCCUACACCUACCGCCAAUCCGCUUCCCGUGGAAGCAAGAACGGGGGACCCCGGCUGGCUGAGCAAGGUUGGGGAGGGAGGCUUGGGUGGGGACCAGCACCCCCCACAAGGGGCUGGGCCCAGGAGCAAGUUGCAAUUUGAGAAAAUGCCACAUGUCGAGGAAUAGCCACAGCUCGUGAUGUUCGGGACUCAAUGGUGACUUUGUGACCCCUUGAGGGUAUGUUUGUUAGGCCACAAGCCGGCAACACUUCAUGCAAGAAGGGACAUCCCUUCUCCGAAGGGAGGGAGUGACCCCCGCCAGUAUAUCCUCUUGAGAGACAAAAAGGGGAACUUGUGUUUCUGGGGACAGUACAAGGCCGUCGGCUUUGUAUGAUGAACCCUUUGUUGUUGUUACUACUUUUAUUUUUCUUUUCCCAGAAAAGAGCCGUGAGGACAUUUGGCAGACAGCUUGAUUCUCCCUCUUUUUAUCUGUAGGAGCUUAUGUUACUAGUCCCUCUCACAGCAAGGAUGCUGAGACUGUUCGAAGAUUUUAAAAACAUGACGAGUGAGAAACCAAAAGUUGGGUAGAUGUUAGAGCCUGGUAGUUGCAAUCAGAGCCAUCAUCUGCAUUUUUUUCUCCUUCUCUUCUCUCUCUUCAGGUGCUACAGCUUCAAACCCGUCCUCCUUCCUUUGGGUCUGUGAGAUGUAAUGGUUGGCUUUUUCAGUGGAAGAAUACAGAAUCUUUUUAAGGUUUCAUUUUGUUCUAGAAGGGGGGUGUAUGGAGGGGGAGAAAGGAAGGAAAGAACUAACAAAAGAAGGAAGGGAGGGGAGAGGGAGGGAGGGGCAGAGAGAGGAAGGAAGAAAGGCCAACUUCCUAGCGGAUAAGGAAAUGGCUUUGUAUUUGUUUGAUCACUCCAAAUACACGGUGGAGUCUGCACAUCGUAGUCUAGCUUUGCCAACACUGGUCAUGAAAAUUCCCAAGGCCCAUCCAGUUACCAUAUAGACCUUCCUGCCAAUCCCACACCCCAGGUUCGAGGUCCAGGGAGGGGGUGAAACUGAGUUCUGUUCAGCCUCUCAGUGUGAGUCACAAAAUGUCAAGGAGAAUUUUGACAUCACGAGGGAAAAGAUGGAGUUGCUUUUAAAUUGCCAUCUCACUGCACAAGACUCCUGAGUAAUCAUUCAAACAAUCUGAGGUGCAUUAGGCCUGGAGACAUUUUCUCAACUUACUUGGGGUCUACUUCCUCCAACCCCAAACCCCUUAAAUUAGGGCAAGGAAUAGAACAAGGGCUGAUCUCUUUCCUGGUACUUGGGGGAAGCUCAAAAGAACACACACAUACACCCUAAAUAAGAGGUAGUCACUAUGAAUUAUUUGUUAUCAGAUCAGUGAAGACUCUGAAUCAGAUAACAAGACAAACAGCCAGAAUUCGGGGCUCAGACCAGUCAGAACUGGAGUCAAAUUUCAGGCACCCACAGAAUCAUAUUUCCAGUGCUUCCUUAAUUCAACCUGUUGGACAGAUUGACCCAACAGCCAAAAUUGGUGCUUGGAGGUGAGAAUAUAACCAUUUGCCACUCCUACAGCUCUGAAAAAGGGGAGGGAUCAGAAUUGUUUUUUCAGGUUCUGAAGAGCCUGGGUGAGAAGCCUCCCCUCCCCCCCUUUUUAACCUCCUUUUCCCCAAAUUCUUUUUGCACAUUGCUCAGAAAUGCCAGGCUUCAGAAAUUGAUCUUCAGAAUCUCAGACACACAAGCAGAGUUUUCUUGUGGACGUGUGACAGUGAAUCCUAACUGCAAGGAAGGCAGCGGGUGGAGUGAAUACGGGUUCAUCUCCUGUGCUGCUCAGUCUUGUGAAGAUGGUGGCUUUCUCUGUGCAUCUCAGAAAAGGGGGCCUUGGCUUUAAGGGGGGGACUACCUGCAGAAAGGUUUCUAUGCCUCUCAGACUCACCUAAGGUGAUUUUACCUGUGUUGUUAAGCUUCCAGCUCCCUCUUCCCACCCCCCUGUGUAAAUUUCCAACACCUGGCCAGACCAAAGAUGGCGGGAGUAGUGGAUGGGGUGAGCAGCCCGCUGUAUUGGCAAGAAAGCACACACAUUUGUACUUUGUUUCUCACCUCUGUAGCUGUGUCACCAAACCAGAGCUCAGAACAGACUGGCUGCCCAAAGGAACUGUGGACACUCAUCUCAUGUCCACUUAGGAGAGAGAUCUUCCUGCUAACCACAGGGGCCUUCCAAAUCCCAUUUAUUUGAAACCCUCUAAACUGAAAAGUUACACUGAUACCACCUCUUCUCCCUGAGUUUCAAAAGUUCUAGCCUCAGGAACAUGGGCUACGCUGUCCACUCUGCUCUGUCCCCUUCUCUGCACCUCCUUCUUCCCCAUCGGCUUGAGAGAGCACACCUUCUUCUGUCCACCUUUCAGGAUUUCUCUCUUCCCUGGUGAAACUCAGAGGUGACCAUCUAUGCCAAGAUCCCUGGAGUGAGCACACCACCCUAACUGUCCCUGGCACUUGACAAAUUAGUGCCACAGUAUCCCCGACCAGUCAUAGUUUGCAUUUUGUGGUAGUUCAUGAGUUUGUCACAAAACACUGUGAAGUGACUUGAUGUGGCCACAGACCAUGGGCUGCAUUGUGACCUGUCACCACCUAGGUCCUCAGGAGUGGCGAGAGUGAGAUCGAGGCCGCUGACUGGUCCCUCCUCCUGUUCCAGUUGCUGUCUAUCCCCUUCCUUCUCCAUCAGUCCUCACACAGUGGUCCUCACCACCUCCUGGCUGCUACUACUCCUGCUACUUCUGGCCUUCACCCCCCCAGCAGCCCCAUGCCCUGCAUUCUGAGAUCUUAGCACCUGGGUCCGAGAAUACCCAUGGGUGUCAGAUCAGCAACAUGGUUUAAGCCAACACCGGUGGAACUCCCAAGCCUGCAUAGCCUCCUGAGGUGCCCAGAAGCAGUGGACAAUGCCAGUGGGAGCUUGGAGACAUGUCACCUUGAAGCUGUCGUCAUCAAGACGAGUUGGGGGGAAGGGAAAGGGAAGGUGACCUGAGCAGGGCCAACUGGGCCCAAAGAACAAGUGAGUGAGGUUGUUAGAUUUGAUCUUGAUCUGCUGCACUAUGGAGAUUGAAUCCAAACCGUGGUUUUACAUUAGUGUUUUUCACCAAGCAAGAAGAGAGGGUGCUGCUUGGGGGGGGGGGGGGGGACAUGGGACAGUGACUAGGGACGUGACCAUGGUCUUCAGAAGGUGAUACCCUGGAAAAGAGACCAGGGUCCAAAGUAAGUAGGACGGUACUCAGAAUUGGCCUCAGUGUUUGUCUCUGUGGCCACAUCAAAUCCUUCCUGGAAGAACUUUCAUGGAUGAUACACCAGCGUGUUGCAUUUCUUUCCGACUGCACUAUUUUUAUUUCAUUCUGGAGUGUGUUUUGAUCUGAGGGGCAAGUGGCUUUCAAGUUGCAGGUCAAGUGAGGUUUUUUGUGUUUGUUUUUUGCCAACCAGAUUUUCAGCUGCAAAGACAGGAGAAGGUAGGCCCAAAGGAUUUGGGCUCAAAGUAGUUAAUUCUGGGCAUUUUGAAUCUUUUCUGUCAUCCUGCACCUGACAGCUCAGUGCUCCAGCGACCUGGCUAGUCCUCAGAUGCUGAUUUGCACUUGUGAUGCUUCUUCCAGUCAGUGUCUCCAUUGCCUUCAUAUUCAGGAAUGGAGACCUGAAUGCACUUGCUGGUUGGAAAGGGAGCUCAAUACGUGUUCACGGCUUGGGGCAGGGGACUCCCAGGGAGCUCCGGUUUCACUGUCAUGCUAACAUCAGCUCAGGUUGAAUUUUAGCCAUUUCCCGUCUACCUCCUGAGCCAGUCUCCAAAGCCAGCCUCUGGAACCUUGUGUGUCUUCCUCACUUGGUCUCAGGCAGGAGCAUGAAGAAGGACCCUUCUGUACCUGCAGACAGAACGUGUGCAAACGAGCCAUUUUUACAGGCCUCGUGACUCUUGACAUGUUCCACAUGCUAACACACUACAGAGAAACAGCUGUGACUCACUCAAACCACAGGCUCAUCUGUAUCAUCUAAUGGAAAAGGAGAAAUCUUCCAGAUCUCUUGUGAUAUACUUGGAGGCUGUGUUCACUGUCUAAACUAGGAGACCUUUCUCUGGUGUUAAGAAGACUUGAAAAUUCAAGCAUUAUGGUACAAUCCUAGUGGUUCCACUUGGCAGCUGACCUUACCAGCCAACAUACAGUGACAUUGACCUUUAGAAAGAGAUCACUAAAAUGCCUUUGGAACAGCAAUUCCUAUGAGAACAAAGGAAGACAUGAAUGUUUUGAUUGGAGGGACUCUGGUCCAAAUUUGUUUCCAACAGGGUAGAUAAUUUUAUAAGCUCUUGGCUUUAUUCUCCCCACCCUUUUGUCUCCAGCCAUUUUUUUUUCCCCAGCUCUGGGGCCAUGUCCCAUUUAAAGAAAGAAUUUCUAAGUAAGUUAGAAGGACUGAAAGAAAAAAAAGAAAGGUAUGUAAUUUGGAUCUCGGGGGUCCCUGGUUCCUCGGAACCUUUCUGCACAGCUUGGAGCACAGUAUUUCAUCAUGCACCCACCAGACUUCAAGCAUUCAUAACCCAGCUCUCUAAGUGUGUGAGUUAGGAAUAGUAUAGGAUCCUUUCUCCUGCAGGAGAGAGGAGAGAAAGGAGGCUCCACUCAUGAAGUUGGGGGUGGGGAAAAGGCUCUGAGCAAUAGAAGGUGCAUUCUAGAAAAAAAGGGGGAGAGUAGAAUUUUUGCUCCCUGCUGGGGGCAAAAUCAGCUUUUCCUUUACAGCAAAGGGGUCCCUGCAGAGUCCCUGGGGGUGGGGCUGGGGGGGAAUGCCCACUUGUCUCCCCAUUCUUUGCCAAGAUCCCUGUGCUCCUGUCUCUUCCUACUUCUUGUUCUUGGAUGACAAGCAUCUGAUGUACGGCAAUAUGCAGAGUGAACCGAGGCCAUGCGGGGGGGGGGGGGCAACUUGAACUUGACAAUCAUGCUUUGCAGGUCACAGAUGGGCACUGAGCUUCCAGUGAGGGGCUCUGAGUGAGGAACGGAACCCUACCACCCAUCUGUCGGUUAUAUUCCUACCCCCCCACCCAACCCCCUUUAGCUGCACUGUUUUUUAAUGUGCUGUAGAGUUUUUUGGAAAUAAUUUAUGCAAGUGUUUGGUUUCCACGUUUACAAUUUAUACAGCUUUCCUAGCAUUUUCCAUGGAAAUGUCAAUAAAUGCUACGAAUCGG